AUGCAACCGGUUCAACCUGUUCAACGAGUUCAACAACAUCAGACACAACAACGUCAAGAUUCGACAAUUGAUCUAAUUACACCGAAUUAUGAUGCCGGUAGCGUCAAUAAUACCGUUAGUGUAUUACUAGGCAAUGGAUACGGGACAUUUCAGGCUAAGCAGGACUAUGCUGUCGGACCUCAACCGUAUUCCGUUUUUUCCAUUGAUGUUAAUCACGAUUCGAAAAUCGAUCUGAUUACGGCGAAUGUGAAUGGCAGGAGCGUUAGUGUAUUACUAGGCAAUGGAAACGGGACAUUCCAGGCUACGCAGGACUAUACUGUCGGAUCUCAAGCAUGGUCGGUUUUUGGAAUGGAUGUUAAUCAGGAUUCGAAAAUCGAUCUGAUUACGGCGAAUGGGGCUGGCAACAGCAUCAGUGUGUUACGGGGCAAGGGAAACGGGUCAUUCCCGUCUGCGUCGGUGUUUCCUGCAUUAGCUCAACCGUAUUCGGUAUUUUGCAUUGAUAUUAAUGGGGAUUCGAAAAUCGAUCUUAUUACGCCGAAUUUUGGGGGCAAUACAGUCAAAAUGUUCCUAGGCAAUGGAGACGGGACAUUCUAUUCUAAUCAGGACUAUGCUGUAGGAACCCAACCAAGAUCGGUUUUUGGAAUGGAUGUUAAUCAGGAUGAGCAAAUCGAUCUGAUUACGACGAAUACCGGUGGCGAUAGCGUUAGUGUGUUACUAGGCAAUGGAGACGCGACAUUUCAGGCGAAGCAGGACUAUGCUGCAGGAACUGAACCAUGGUCGGUUUUCUUAAUUGAUGUUAAUCAGGAUGAGCAAAUCGAUCUGAUUACGGCGAAUGCGGGUGGCGACAGCGUUAGUGUGUUACUAGGCAAUGGAAACGGGACAUUCCAGGCUAAGCAGGACUAUGCUGUGGGAACCCAACCAUGGUCGGUUUUUUUAAUUGAUGUUAAUCAGGAGGCGCAAAUCGAUCUGAUUACGGCGAAUGCGGGUGGCAACAGCGUCAGUGUGUUACUAGGCAAUGGAAAUGGGACAUUCGAGGCUUGA